AUGUUUGGUGGGACGAAUACCUCCACUUCCCCUGCCACCAAAAGUCCUACUACCUCAACGGCCCCUCAAGAACCUCAAGGUAAAGGUUUAUUCUCAAUGUUUGGAUCCAGUAGUAGUCCGCAAGCUGGACCCAGAGGCCCAACUGCUGGAACCUUUCCACUUAGAGGUCUUCCACCCAAAGAACCUCCAGGAAAAACCUUGUUUUCCAUGUUUGGUGGACCUGCCCCUCGGCAGCAAGCCAGUCCAAGGGGUCCUCCUCAGGCUAGUGCUGGAUCUUCUUUAUUUGGGGGAAUCCUCCAAGGUUCUUCUUCACAUAAAGAAAGCCAGGGCACAGGCCUGUUCUCCAAGUUUGGAGGUCCCAGUGCUCCACCUCAAAGUGGCCCAAGAAUGCCUGUGCCAAGAGAAACAGGACCCAGAGGUUCAGAGCCCCCAGGAAAAGGACUGUUUUCUAUGUUUGGUGGACAAAACCAGCAAGCAUCAGCAGCUCAGCCUACAGUUUUAAAAACACUUGAGUCAGACGGUAGCUUUAAAGUUUCUUCUGUGUUUUCACUGGGAGGGAGUUCUGAUGUCAGCAAAUCCAAAACUGGGUUUGGCCUGUUCGGAAGGUCUUUUCUGGAUGAGAACAAAACAGAGCCUGAAUCAGUUGUUACUUGGAAGGAGAAUAACACAGCUGAACAAGCAACACCUCUGGAAACUGAAGGUAUUUUGGAAGAAGCCACAGAUAAGGUAGCCACAUUGGAAGCCACCAAGCAAACUGAUUUUCAACUAGAAGAGGAAACAAACAGUAAAACCCUACAAAGUUCUGAUCAUGUCUCUGAGGUAGAUAGUUUGUCUACUUUGGAUACACCAAAGAUGAUCAGUCUACCAGAGAGUGACGCCAUGCGAUAUAAAAAAGACAAGAAAGUGACUGAAGACACACAAUCACAUGACCAAACUAGUCUAGAAGUAAACGAGUCUGUAGAAUUCAAUAAAGAAGUUACUGAAAUUCAAAGUAUUAAUGAUGAUUCUGACAUUGCUAUAAGCAAACACCAUUUGGUAUCAAAAGUAACCGACAGUCUGCCAACACCAGAAAGUACUACGGAUAGUCCUGACACAGAUGCUAGACCAGAUAUGGUUGAAACGGAGCUUGGGAUCUCUGGUAUUGAAGGCGGAACCGUUUCUGAGGUAGAGAAACAAAAGGUUGUUGUUGAAGAGCAGGAGUCAUCUCUGAGUGUGGAGGAGUCAACCCGCGUCCAUAAUAAGGUUCUUAGUGAAGAAGAAACUCCUGUCAAGCAAUCAAAUGAACAUUUGAAAGCUCCUGGUGAAGAACAAACCGUAGAAGUAGAAAAACCGAUGGAACCAUCAGAAUUAAUUAAUGAUAAAGAAAGUGUUACCCCUGAGAAAGCAACUGUAGCAGAAGCCGAAACGGUUGUUAAUCAGCAAACUACUGCAGAGUCAGUGGAAGAAAAUUUAGCAGUGACUGCAGUUUCACAUGUAGAGACAUCUGAAGACUUGAAAGCCACGUUCGAACUGACUGCAGAAGAAACAACAAAAGCAAAUGUGGAGCUGGGAGAAUCUUGUGUGGAACUUCAACAUGGACUGGAGCAAUACUCUGAUGGGAAUAAUUCUGCUCCAGUGGUUUUGGCAGCAGGCGAGGACAAACAUGCUAGUACAAGCCCACAAGUAGCUUUGACAUCCGAAGACAUUAAGGCUCCAACAUUGGGUCCUGUUAUGCCUCUACCACAGCAAGCACUCAGACCUGGUAUAAGCGGAGUACCUGUACCACCAGGACAACAAAUGCCUUCACCACGGAUGGGGGGACCAAGAAUGGGAAGUCCAAGAAUGGGGGGACCAAGAAUGCCUGGGCCCAGACACCCAGGACCUCAGAAGCCCUGUGAGCCAACUUCUUUUUCUGGCUUCAUGUCCAUGUUCUCCAACACCUCUAGUGCACCAAGUAAACCAGCGGCUGUUGGGGGCUUUUUCUCAAGCUCGCCUGGUUCACUGUUUGGAUCAUCUGCUCCUCGGCAACCCCAAAAACCACAACAACAACAGAAGAGCUCUUUUUUUGGCCUACCGAGUAGCAUCGCUACUGAAUCCCUCACAGGUGAUCUUUUAGGUAUAUUCAAGGGUCCGGAGACAACUAAAUCAGAGGAACCCCUCCCCUCCGUCAUCAACUCUGAACCAGGACGAUGUCCAAAUGCAGAAUCGGCCCCUGAGAACACUGAUGGACAUGUGAAAAUUGCACAGGACGCAGUCGCUGAAAAAGGUUUGGUGGAGGUUGCAGAACAAACUGAUAAAGAAGAUGGAAAAGAAAGUUCUACCAUUGAACCAGACAUAGAAACAGUUUUAUCCGGAAAAAAUGUUCAACACCAUGAACACAGAGAACAUUCUGAAGAGUCCACUGGGUCUGACAAAGCAGUAUCACUUGCACCUCCUCCUGAGAGUCAAGACCAUGUCCCUCAAAACAAAGGCCUUUUUGACAUACCAGUAAUGUCUGCCCCCAAAUUUGGCUUUCUGUCUGCAGCUGCUGAAGGAACCUCAUCGAUUGGAACGCUCUUCUCCUCGUCAUCUCCAGCAGGGGAUACCAAAGCAGCUCAGUUGCCACAGACUGAGGGGGGUCUUUUCUCUGGCUUUAAAAGUCUCUCAGCAGGAAUCUUCCAGGAUGAAAAUCAGUCGGCAAAGGAAGAACCAUCGUCUAGGCCAUCAGUUUUUGGCAUGAAAUUGGGCUCAAUGUUCGGGACCUCUGAUCCUCCCAAACCUGCAGUGGUGACAACCCAACCACAGCCCCAGAGUCCAAAACACACAGACGAGAUUCUUAAAGCAGAGCCUGACAAAGUCUCCCAAGACUCUGGAGACACUGAGAGCGCAGAUGCCAGCGAGACUGAAGGGCCGAGCGGGACGUCAAAAGCGGGAAGUUUUGACAGCUUGGGGAACGUUCCUCAGACGGGGCUUGCGUUUGAGUCGGCGCCGCUGGCAGAAAAUUGGGAUAGACCUGAGUUACAGAUCAGCUGUGAGAAGGAUGCGGGUGAAGCUGCAGCACCUGACAGGACGACGACACAGCUGAGCAGCUCCCGGCCUGCCAGGAGCCUCUCGACACAGGAAGACGCUAAAAGCCACGUGGACUCAUCAGGUCAUCUCAGUCCCAGCAGCUCGCAGCUCAGUUCUGAGUCCGAGGAGCGCCGUGACCUCGGGCCGGGCCCCCCCGGGGGACAGCACCCGGCCCUGCGCAGCCAGCCGUCCACCUGGGACGAGGAAGACGAGGGGCUGGAGGAACGUCCGCCUUCCAGACCGGCCUCGGAUCCGAGGGAUGCACCGGUGGUCCCGCCCACACGGACCUUUGAGGAGAGGAAGAGUGACUUCUGCUGUUCUCACUCCAGAGUCCGCUGGCUCAAAGCCUACCACAGAGUCCGAGGCAAGCUGGUCCAGGAGAGCCGAGACCAGGAUGCCGACCAAGACCAGGGUGCUGACCCCAGCAAGCAGCCGUGGGCCAGACCAGGAGGAAACACACCAUUCGGCAUCGACAGCACGCCCAACCUCCACAGGAGGAGGCCCAUCCCCCUGGUUAGUGAGCUGACCAUGAUCCAGUCCAGGAAGUCCCACAGCUGGUCCACGUGGACGUCUCUGAAGGACGAGGACCUUAAGAGUCACGUGUACAAGAAGACGCUGCAGGCGCUCAUCUACCCCAUCUCCUGCACCACCCCCCACCUUCUGGAGGUGUGGACGGCCACCACGCCCACCUACUGCUACGAGUGCCAGGGGCUGCUGUGGGGCAUCGCCCGGCAGGGCCUGCGCUGCACAGAGUGCGGCGUCAAAGUUCACGAGAAGUGCCAGGAGCUGCUCAACGCCGACUGCCUGCAGAGGGCGGCCCAGAAGAGCUCCGUGGAGGAGCGCACGCAGCACGUCAUCACGGCCAUGAAGGACAGGAUGAAGAUACGUGAGAGGAACAAGCCGGAGAUCUUCGAGGAGAUCCGCCGGGUUUUCAAGGUCAGCAGGACGCUGCACGCGCAGAACAUGAAGAACAUCAAGCAGAGCGUUCUGGACGGAACCUCCAAGUGGUCGGCCCGCAUCGCCAUCACCGUGGUGAGUGCCCAGGGUCUGCAGGCCAAGGACAGGACAGGAUCCAGUGACCCCUAUGUCACCAUCCAAGUGGGCAAGACCAAGAAGCGGACCAAGACCAUCUUUGGGAACCUGAAUCCAGUCUGGGAGGAGAAGUUCACCUUCGAAUGCCACAACUCGUGGGAGCGAGUCAAGCUGCGUGUCUGGGACGAGGACGAUGACAUCAGGUCCCGGGUCAAGCAGCGCCUGAAGAGAGAGUCUGAUGACUUCCUGGGUCAGAGCAUCAUCGAGGUCCGAACUCUGAGUGGCGAGAUGGACGUCUGGUACAACCUGGAGAAGAGAACCGACAAGUCGGCCGUCUCCGGCGCCAUUCGCCUCCAGAUCAGCGUGGAGAUCGAAGGGGAGGAGAAGGGGGCUCCGUACCACCUGCAGUACACCUGUCUCCACGAGAACAUGUUCCACCACGUGACGGAGGUAGAGGGCGGAGUCAAGAUCCCCGGGACGCGCGGCGAGGAGGCCUGGAAGAUUUACUUUGACGAGCUGCAGCAGGACGUGGUGGACGAGUUCGCCAUGCGCUACGGCGUGGAGUUCAUCUACCAGGCCAUGACACACUUCUCCUGCCUGUGGUCCAAGUACACCAUGUCAGGCGUGCCGGCGGUUAUGAGCACCUUGUUGGCCAACAUCAACGCCUUCUACGCACACCCCAGCACCACCACCGCCGUCUCCGCCCAGGCCAGGUUCGCCGCCUCCAACUUCGGGAGGGAUCGCUUUGUCAAAAUUCUGGAUCAGCUACACAACUCUCUUCGUAUCGACCUGUCCAUGUACAGAAACAACUUUCCAGCUAGCAACAAGUCCCGCCUCAGUGAUCUGAAGUCCACAGUGGACCUUCUGACCAGCAUCACCUUCUUCAGGAUGAAGGUGUUGGAGCUGCAGAGUCCGCCCAGGGCGUCCACGGUGGUGCGAGACUGCGUGAAGGCCUGCCUGAACUCCACCUACGAGUACAUCUUCAACAACUGUCUGGAGCUCUUCAACAGACAGUUCCAGCCUGAGCCAAAGAAGAAGGAAAAGGGAGAAGUGGAUGAGGAAGAGGAAGAGGAGAAGGGAGAAGAGGAGAAGAAGGAUGAGGAGAGCCCGCCUGAAGAACAAGGCCCCAGCAUCCAGAACCUGGACUUCUGGCCCAAACUCAUCACGCUCAUCGUGUCCAUCAUGGAGGAGGACAAGAGCUCGUACACGCCCGUCAUCAACCAGUUCUCUCAGGAACUAAACGUUGGUAAGGUUAGCGCUGAAGUCAUGUGGACGCUCUUCGCUCAGGACGUCAAAUACGCCCUAGAGGUGCCCGGCACCUACCACAUCCGCAAGCUUGACUUCCACCCUGAGCACGAGAAACACAAAGUGUGUAAGGCGGCCGACUACAUGAACCUUCACUUCAAGAUCAAGUGGCUCUACAACGAGUACGUCGCCCAGCUGCCUGCCUUCAGUGGCGCCGUUCCCGAGUACCCGGCAUGGUUCCUGCCGUUUGUGCUGAGCUGGCUGAAGGAAAACGAAGAUGUUUCCAUGGACUUCAUGCAUGCUGCAUUGGAAAGAGACAAGAGAGAAGGAUUCCAAUCCACGUCGGAGCACGCUCUCUUCUCCAGCUCGGUGGUGGACAUCUUCACACAGCUCAACCAGAGCUUUGACAUCAUCCGCAAGCUGGACUGUCCCGAUGGGGCCGUGCUGGCUCAGUACCACCGCCGCUUCGCCAAGACCAUCAGCAGAGUCCUGCUACAGUACUGCUCCCUGCUGGCCAACACCUUCCCUUCAUACUGUGCCAAGGAGAAGAUACCGUGUGUGCUGAUGAACAACAUCCAGCAGAUGAGGGUGCUGCUGGAGAGGAUGUUUGAGUCCAUGGGAGCCAAGCAGUUUACAGCAGAGGAAGAAAGGCUGGAGGAGGAGGAGUCUGAUGAGGAGGAGGAGUCUGAUGAGGAGGUGGAGUUGGACUCAGAGGCUGCUGACAUCCUGAAUGAUCUGCAGGUGAAGCUCAACACCUUCAUGGACAACUUCAGUCAUGUCUUCGCCAAAAGUUUCCAGACAGGUGUGACAGUGUGCAUGCGUGACAUGGCAGACAUCUUGUGUCACAUGAAAGGACCUCCUGACAGCAACACAGCACAAGCAGAUGCUGACCUCAUGUUGAGACCUCUGAUGGACUUCCUGGACUCUAACCUGGGUGUGUUUGCUGAGGUGUGUGAGAAGACGGUGCUGAAGAGGAUCCUGAAGGACUUGUGGAAGGUUGUCAUCAUCAGCUUGGAGAAGACUAUUGUGUUACCAUGCAGCAACGACAGUCUGGGUGCUCAGAUUCUGACGGCCGCCAAAGGACUUUCUAACCUGAAGAGCGGAAGUGAAACCAAAACACUGACGCCCAAACAAUGUGUCAUCAUCGAUGCCAGCUUGGAGAGCAUCAAGCAAUAUUUCCAUGCGGGAGGAAAUGGUCUGAAGAGAAGUUUCGUGGAUAAAAGUGCUGAGUUAGAGUCUCUGCACUACAUCUUGUCACUUUACUCCCAGACCACCGACCUUCUCAUCAGGACCUUCGUCAGCACACAGCGCUCGCAAGUGCACGGCGGGAUGGGCAUCAGGAUCACAGCCAAUGAGAAGACUCGACCCGAUAGAGGUAGCGGUGUGGAGAAGCCCAUAGGAGAGUUGCUACUGCAGGUGGAAACCACCAAGGAGCGUAAAGUCAACGUGAAAGUCGUUGCCGUCAACGACAUGAAAUGGCAAACAUCCGGAAUGUUCAGGCCUUUCGUGGAAGUUUCCCUGGUGGGACCUUACUUGGCGGACAAGAAGCGCAAGUUUACCACCAAGUCCAAAAACAACAGCUGGAGCCCCAAGUUCAACGAAACCUUCCAGUUCGUCCUGGGCAAGGAGUCGUCAGACUGCUACGAGCUGCACGCCGCCGUCAAGGACUACUGCUUUGGUCGGGCGGACCGCGUGGUGGGCGUGGCCGUGCUGCAGCUGCGCCACGUGGCCGAGCGCAAGAGCUGUGUGUGCUGGUGUCCUCUGGCGCCGCGCGUAUACACCGACCAGACCGGCACCACCGUCAUGCGCAUCCUGGCCCAGCGGCCCGCCGACGAGCUCGCCAAGGAGCUGGUCCGCAUGAAGGCGGAGUCUAGGCCGGCCGAGGAGGGGACGUGAGCCACGCCCACUACUUCAAUAUGCAAAUGAGUCGUAAUCAUCAACUGUCUUUUGAUGUCCUCCUCAUUCUUGGACGUCAAGCAUGUUAACAUGUUAGCUAACAGGAAGUACUUCGGCUGACAGGAAGUGCUUUGGUUGACAGGAAGUACUUCGGUGGACAGGUAGUACUCAGGUUGACAAGAAGUACUUGAACUGACAGGAAAUAUUGGAGCUGACAGGAAGUACUUUAGCUGACAGGAACUACUUCGGCUGACAGGAAGUAAUUCAGAUAACACGAAGUACUUGAUCUAACAGAAAAUACUUAAUCUAACAGGAAGUACUUGAUCUGACAGGAAAUACUUAAUCUAACAGGAACUACUUGAUCUGACAGGAAGUACUUGAGUUGACAGGAAGUACUUGAGCUGACAGGAAAUACUUAAUCCAACAGGAAGUACUUUAUCCGACAGGAAGUACUUGAGUUGACAGGAAGUACUUGAUCUAACAGGAAGUGCUUGAUCUGACAGGAAGUACUUGAUCUAAGUACUUCCUGUUAGAUCAAGUACUUUCUGACAACAAACGUGACAAAAAAUGUGUGCCAUCACUUCCUGUCAACAUGCGACAUCACUUCCUGACAAAAAAUGUGUGCCAUCACUUCUUGUCGACAUGCGACAUCACUUCCUGACAACAUUGGACAUUGCUUCCUGUCAACAUGUGACAUCACUUCCUGUCAACUUCCUGAUCACUUUCUUGUCAACAUGUGACAUCACUUCCUGACAACAAAUGUGUGACAUCACUCCCUGUCGACAUGCGACAUGACUUCCUGUCAACAUGUGACAUCACUUCCUGACAACAAACGUGUGACAUUACCUCCUGUCGACAUGCGACAUGACUUCCUGUCAACAUGUGACAUCACUUCCUGACAACAAACGUGUGACAUUACCUCCUGUCGACAUGCGACAUCACUUCCUGUCAACAUGUGACAUCAGUUCCUGACAACAAACAUGUGACAUCACUUCCUGUCGACAUGCGUCAUCACUUCCUGUCAUUAAACGUGUGACAUCACUUCCUGUGCACAUUGUGUGUAGAAGUGUGUUGAGAGUGCCAAAAGUGUGUGAAAGAAAGAAUGUUGUUGCUUGAAAUGCAAUAAAAUAUUGUUUAUUGACAACGUGCCAAGAAAUGUAGUUGCAAGAAAUGUAGUUGCAAGUGUGGCUUUCAAAAAGUGCACUUUUGCCAAAAGCUUGAAGUACAAAGCAUCUUGUUGUUGUGUGUGUCCAGCAUGUAGCUGAUGUGUACAAAGUAGAAUGUGUGUAUUUCUUUUACCUGGAAAUAUUUGGGACAUCAAAUAUUCAUGAAGGACGUCACUUUGUGUGUCAGCUUCAUCCACUUUUUCUAAAACCACCCUUUCACAAUAAAGUACUUUGUCUUCUUUCUCA